AUGGUUCUGCACGAACUGUACGGCUCGUUGCGGACUCCGCUCCCUAUACGCUAUCACCAUUGUGCGACGAUCUGCACGGCGUACGGCGCGUCGGCCGCAUCAUUGCUCGUGCAGCCGUUCGUCCCUCACCCCGUGCCGGGCGGCUCUCCUACAGCUUCUGCCGCCGCGGCCGCCGCUUCUGCCGCCGCUGCCGCUUCUGCCGCUUCUGUGGCUAAUGCCUCUCAGGCCAAGCCUCUAGCUUCGAAGGGAACGAUGUUGUUCAGACUCACAGCCAGGCUGCGGCCUACCAAGUGCAUCGGGAGAGUAAUCGGUGACAAAGGAGCUUCGGGGAAAUUUGUUGUCGCGGUAAAGAAGCUCUCUGCAUCUUCCUACACCGUGACCACCAAGUUUCUGAUCAGGAACCUCAAAGGAGGCGAUAAACCCGUCUACGACUUCGUACCUUUCUGCACGGAAACUCCCGCAUCAACGCUCGAUUUCGUGAACGUCACAACUGCCAAGGCUGGGCGGCGCAAGCGCUACAGCUGGAAAUACGAUUCUGUGCAGAAUGCGGACAGUGAGUCCGCGGCUCGCGACGCGGCGGUUACGAUUGUGGCGGGUCCAUUUGCGAUCAUAGGUCGUGCAGGUAACAGCCACGCGCUCUACGGCAAGGUUAAGGGAUUGCGGAAGGCCUCCCGCGGUUGA